AUGCAGGGGACCACUCGCGAUGUCAAUCAGAGGGCUUCAACCGCGAGCAGGACCACGAGCAGACUCAAGUCUGCAGCACGGAUCACUUGGCUUCACGCAACAAGGCACGUAGGCCCUGGAAUAGUCUCCAGCGUUGCCUACUUUGAUCCAGGCAACUGGGGAGUAGAUCUUCAGGCCGGAUCUCAAUACGGAUACAAACUGCUAUUCAUUGUCCUCCUCGCUGGAAUCUUCGCUGUAUUCUUCCAGUCGCUAGCAAGCAAGCUAGGCUGUGUGACAGGAUUGGCAGACCUGGCAUCAAAUUGCCGACUAUUAUUGUACAACCGUCCUAAGCACACAAAACUAUACCGAUGGCUCGUCCUGUAUCCACUCUACGUGCUGGCUGAAAUCGCCAUAAUCAGCACCGAUCUCGCCGAGCUCCUGGGCUCAGCAAUCGCGUUGUCACUGCUAUUCCCAUCAUUACCCCUAUGGGCAGGAGUCCUAAUAACAGCUUCGGAUGUCUUCAUCCUGUUGAUAAUCGGGGAUCCCCUCCGCGGUCGGCCUGUCAAAAUGUUUGAAUGGCUGAUUGCCGUCCUGGUGCUGGCAGUUUUCAUUUCCAUGGCCAUGAUAAUUGCAAGGGUCCAUAUAGACUGGGGCACGACAUUCCUCGGAUUUGUCCCCUCCAAAACGGUCUUCCAGUCCGGAGGAUUGUACACCUCCAUUGGUAUCAUUGGUGCAACAGUCAUGCCGCAUAGUCUCUUCCUUGGCUCGUUCCUGGCUACGCAAGAUCGAGUGACCUCCUCCAAAGCUUCCAUUGUAUCAAAUAUGUCAUCGGAAUCUCUGCACGAGCCACCACAGGCUACUUUCGGUUUCCGCAAUGUAUUUAAGAAAUUCAUCACGAGCUGUAUCAAUACCUUUCGUGUCGUGCCUGUAGAGGAGGUCGAUCCCCCAAAGUCCCACUCCGAUCAUCCCAACAACGCGUUAGGCUUUGUGCGGGCGCAUCUAUGGCACAGCAUCAUUGACGUAUGUGUCAGCUUAAUCGGGUUCGCUGUCUUAAUAAAUGCAUUUAUUCUCAUUCUGGCGAGUGCCGUAUUCUACUACGGCAGUGGACGGACAGGCUCCGAAGUACCGGCAAGCCUUUUCGACGCGCAUGAUCUCAUUCUAUCACUUGUUGGUAAACCGGCUGCUUUCUUGUUCGCCUUAGCCUUGCUAUGCGCAGGUCAGAGCUCAUCUAUCAUAGCGACUGUGGCGGGACAGGUGGUCUGCGAAGGUUUUAUCCGGUGGCGGGUAUCGCCUGUGUUACGACGCCUGAUUACGAGAUCCCUGGGUCUCAUUCCCUCGAUGAUCGUCGCUGUUGCAGUCGGGAAACCGGGCAUCGAUACCCUCCUCGUAGCAUCGCAAGUCGCCCUCUCCAUAGUGCUACCCUUCGUCGUCUUCCCACUGGUCUGGCUGACAUCGUCCAAGAACGUCAUGGCGGUGGAAGAGCCGAGGGAUGCGUCUCUUCAAGCCCCGGUCAACUUGGAGACAUUAACGAGAGCGACAACCGACAUCGAAAGCCCCGGCGAGGGGCAAGUAUAUUUCAAUAACAGCAGGAUAACGGCAGGCAUAGGCUACGCUGUCUGGCUCUUGAUAUUAAUCGCCAAUGUGUAUGUCAUAGUAACACUGGCUAUGGGCGAUAGCUCGUAA